AUGGAAUCCAUAGAUCACAUCCUGCUCGACUGUCCCUUCGUCCAUGCAGUCUGGUUUGGAAGUCCCCUCUCAUUUUCCCCACCCCAAACCUCUGCUUCUUCAUUCCAUAAGUGGAUUCAAUCUUGGGUUACCAUUGAUAAAGGUUCGAAAGCAGGCAACAGAGAGGUGUUGGGCCUCAUCUCCUUUAUUGUUUGGCACAUUUGGCUUGCUCGUAAUGCACUUAUCUUCAACCAUCGAUCUGGGAGUCCAAUGGAGGUGGUUAAAUCAGCCCAGGAUGUUUUUAACGAAUUCCUCAAGGCAAAGGCUAUGCGGAGAAAACCUCAUUCUAUCCUAGCUAUUAACAAUGCUCUUGUUCUACAACCACUCAUCCCUAUAGCUAGCUGGACUCCCCCGCCGCAAGGAUGUGUCAAAAUUAAUAGUGAUUUGUCUCAGAAGAAGGACUUAGACUCCGGAGGAUUUGGCUUUAUUAUUCAAAAUCAUGAAGGGGUGUGUUUGUUAGCAGUGUCUGAACCCUCUCAAAUCAGGUCCAUCUUAUGUGGGGAAGGUUUUGCAAUGCGGAUCGGUCUCCUUUAUACCUUAUCUGAAGGGUUUGAAUACAUCAUUGCUGAAUCUGAUAAUUUGGAACGGAUCCAGUACCUCAACAACCUGGCCAAAGCAAGACCAGUCGAGGCUUCACCUAUUAUCCAUGAUAUUACCCAUCUGAGGUCGUAUUUUAUUGAUUGUUCCUUUCACUACAUUUGUAGGGAAUGCAACUCUGUUGCCGAUUCUCUAGCUAGGAGGGCGUUGUCAUUGUCGUGUAAGACAGAAUGA